GUAACCAUGUGCCUCGUGGCAAACUACUCUAUGCCCUUUGUGACAAAUCCCGUGAGUCUGGGCAGACGAAUCCGCGGUUGGCCUCGAGAGCCACUGCGAGGUAAACACGAGACCAUCGGCGAGCGCCUGAGGGGUAUUCGGGGCGAGAUGAGCAUUCUGUUGAAACGCCUGGAAGAGUGCCUGGACCUGGUGCAGGAAAAGAUGUUUCAGGACAAGAUCAUCGAGAACUACUACCGCAUGCACGUGCACGCCCAAGAGAAGGCCAGUAAACAGCUGCUUCGAUGCAUCCAAGAACAGCGCAAGUACGGCGAC